AACUCAUCAUAUAAGGCGCACGAAUUGAGGCCAAUAAAAUAAUUGGAAACGAAAACUGAAAGUUCUAUUGUGCCAUAACUUGGUAUCACGUAUUACUAUUUUUAACAUUUUAUUUGUUUAUUUUAACAUCAAUAGGCAUUGUUAUAGGUAUACUUAUGUAAAGGCGUGAUUUGAGACUAUUUCAACACGAGAUAUCAAAAUAUUGAAGUUAACUUUGAGUUAAUUUGAUAUUUUGAAUUAUACCGUGCUUAUGUUUUACUGGACCAUUUGAAUUUAACGGAAAUGAUUCCACAUGACCUGGGCAAUAUUGAUAGUAAAAUAGACAUAUUAAAUCGAACCGACCGCUAACCAGUUCACCACAACUAAAUGGUUUGCACAGAAACGAUUUAAUCAGUUGACAGAUGUUGUUAUAACACUCCGUUGCACAUGCAAGAUUUACAAUGCUCGUUUUCAACCCCAACCGACGAUGUCCAAACUUGGUUUUCAACAUUAAAUAGCCACUGGUUACGUAAAAUUUCUUUGUAGUUUGGAAGUCGGCGAUUCACUUAAGUAUUAAGCCAAUUUCGUACUGAUAACAUGACACAGAAAAAAUAAGCCAUCGUGUAAUAGGAAAAAAUUGUCCGUCUGAUGAUGGCUCAGAUUCUUUGUUUACAAAGAAUGAACCAACUUUUCUGAAUAAAAUAACCGAAUAAUCGGGUUUAAAACAGAAUGGAAAGGCAGUCAAGGCUAUAACUGUUUUAUUCAGAACAAAUCAUUUGUUCACUGGAACUAAUAAAUUUGAAUAUUAGUCUUUUUAUCCAUAUUCAUUUUCUUAACAUAGUUAUCGCUAUAAAACAGUUUCAGAUUUUUUUUGCAAAACUCGAAGCUUUUUAUAUUUAAAUUCUACUUUAUAAUCCAAUUCAUCCAGAAAUUCAAGCUUAUAAUCCUUUUUAUAAAAAUUUUGAAUGAAACUUUUUGUAUAAAGUUUAUAAGAACGUAUUGCUAGAUUAUGCUAAGAAAAUUAAUUUUAUACCUUUGCAUUCUUGUUACACUUAGAAAAAGCUGAAUUGCACUAGCAAGCAAAUUUUUAUUACAUUUAAUAUGCAAAAUAGAUGUAACAUGUAUAUAUAUAUAUAAUAUAUAUUUUAUUCUUAUUUAUAUAUUGCAUUUCCAGAAAGUAUGCACUAGCCAACCAAAGACGAGGCCUAGGUUUUCAGCUCAUUGAUUAAAGUAGAAUUUUUGUUGUCAUUUGAUUUUCAUCAUCUAAACCAAAGCCUUUCAUAGCUUAUUAGAAAGAUUACAGAUUGAAGUGGCUAUUUUACCUUUGCUAGGUAUUAGUAUUGUUAGAUGAUAAUAUUACUAGGUAUAAAUAUUGCUAGGUAUCAAUAUUGUUAGGUAUUAAUAUUUCUAGGUAUUAAUAUUUCUAGGUAUUAAUAUUUCUAGGUAUUAAUAUUGCUAGGUAUUAAUAUUGCUAGGUAUUAAUAUUGCUAGAUUUUAGUACUGAUAGGUGUUAAAACAAGAACCCCUUUUUGAUUGUUAUAUGAGCAAACAAUGGUUGCUUUUGAUAAAAAAUAGAAAUAAAAGGUUCAGAAGAUACAUCAAUUAUUAAUAAAUAAUGCUAAUACGAAAAAAUAUAUAUUUGACUUGAACCAUCUUUUUUAUUUAAAGUUAAAUUUAGCUUUGUCAUAUUGAAUAUAAUUAAAUAACAACAACAGAUCCAGACUACUAUUAUAUCACCCUGUUCCAAUGUUUGUAUUUAAACAAUUGGAUCCAGAUUACUAUUAUAUGACCCUGUUCCAAUGUUUGUAUUUCAACAAUUGGAAAAUAAUGAAAUCAGGUGUUCAUUCAUUGAGCAGACGACUUGGUAGUUGACACAAGUCUAGAGUCUUCUUCAGUGAUUGUGCUGGUUGGUUUCAUUUAAUUUUCUCUGAUUCUUGCAUCAGCACCAUCUUGUAAUUUAAUUGCCUUUUAUUUAAAACAUUUAUAUGUCAUCAAGCUAAAGUACCAUGGAAGAUUUUAAGAAUUUGUCAAUGUUUCAACAUAAUUCUAAAGCAUUUAAAAUCUUUUUUGAAACUUAUAUUCACAUGAACACACCAAUCUUAUGACCCAUGGUGGCCUAGUAAUUAUCAGAGUUGAAUUGAAAGCUGAUUGAUUUUAUUUCAUAUUCAUCAGUAUGUAAGUAAUUUACCCUCUGUUGUCACAAAUACCCAGCUGUGUUAAAACAAAUACAGUAUUGAUCAGUGUUUACAGGAUGUAGGAGUCAUGCUGAGCACAUGUAUGUAUAGAGCUCAAUCUUUAUCAAUAAGUAAUCUUUCUUAUCAAAGCCAUGGUUUUAUCAUGUGGGGUUGUGGGGAUGAAAUCAUUGAGCAAAGAUUAAUUUAAACAAAUUGAAGUGAUUGGGUAUGCAAACAAAAAUAUGUCAGGAUUACUUAACAAACCUGUAUGGUUUGCAGGUUUUACUUAUAGGAUCUUAUGAGAUUGCAGGUUGACCUAUUCAUAGCAAAAUGGAUAUUGAAAUUCAAGAUUGAAGAUCAGUCAGAAAUUUUGUAUUAUGCUGUAAAAUUUCUAAUGUUUGAUUCAGGCAAAUGGCAGCUUUUAGGCUCACAGUGUUAAUCUAGAAGUUAAUUCAGGAAUGUCUUCUGUUGAAUUUUUCUUCAUGCCCAGAUUAAACAGCAGAUCUUCGUUUUUUCUAUAAGAAUCACAAUGCCUUUUUCCAUUUAUCAGAUUUCUUGAUUUUCUGUGACAACGUUUUCUAGUUAUUAUCUUUUGUAAUUAUCUUCUUUUCCAAUUCUUUCGAAACAUUCUUUAUUAGUAAUUAGCUGUUAGUCAUGUUUCAGUGACUGAAAGAAAGGCACAAAUCUUGAAAGCAACCAUUCUUUCUGAAAAUAAUUCCUUUCUGUAGGUUCCAUAUAUACAUCUAAUUUGUCAAUUAAGUCAAGUCAAAAAGCCUGGAUCCUAAAUAAGAAGCAUUUUCGUUCUUAGUUCAUUUUUCUCUUGGAACAAAGUAAAAUGAUCUUGAAAUCUCAUUUUGAUUUUUCUUCAAGACAUAAUACAAUUUUUGUUGGAAAUUCAAUCAUUAGAUUAAGUAUCUGGGGAAGGAUACCAGUUUUUUAGUUUUUAGAAACUUCAAUUCUCUGUUGUGGAACAUCAUAUUACAUUUAAUGAUAUGGAGUUGACUAAAGAUUGGCUAAAAUCUCAUCUGAUUAUCAAACAGGUGUGAUCAAACAAAUAUAUACCAAUAGAACAAUCUCCAAGUAAUGGAUUUUUUUUACUAACCUGAUUUUUGAUUGUCAAAAGAUUUGUGUUGGGGCACGAAACAAUGAUUUUUCUUGAUUUCAUGUUUAAUAACACCUCUUUGGAUACUUUUGAAGUCAUUUGAUGCCAAUAUCCAUGGGUUGAUUAAUGAAAAGUUACUGUUUACUGGUCUGUCAUAAAGUGAUCUUGGUUUUAUAGGCAGAGCUAUACAGGCUUUUGGUGAAUCAAACAGGACAGUUCUAAGUUGCUACUUUGAGUUUCAUGUUUAACAAGAUCAUCAGGCAACUGCUGAAUAAAUGUCAGAUUUAUUUUUCAAGAGCAGAUGUUUUAGUUAUCUGGUUUCUAAAUCAAUAGUGAUUUUUCCUUAAGUAUUUGAUUUGUUGAGAGGAAGUUUGUUCUAGAACCUUGGUACUGAUUGCAUAGAAAAUUCGAGAAGCCGUUAUUGACUGAUUAAGCCCAGUUUGAUACAAGGAAUCUUUUCUGCUGUUUAAGGAGAUGAUUCAAAAUGUUGUAUGAAUUAAUAAAAGUACAUUGUCACUUCUCCUUCUUUGCAUUACCAUAGUUUUUGUGAUAUAAUCUCUAAAUUUAGCACAUUUGACUCAGGGACAUCGAAACAAGGGGUCGCUAGGGGCACAUGUCAUCAGAACAAGGGUUUGCCAGGGUUUAUUAUGAAAUAGAACUGCAAUUUGUAGUUUGUAUAAUUUUUCUCACACUUUCAUGUCAUGUACUCUAGUUCCGUAUUCAAUACAAAGGUUUAAAUUAUCGAGACAGACCAAGGAUAAUAAUGAGCCAAAAUCACAUAUUUCUUGUAAAAGGAAACGUUAUGAGUACUUUCAGUGGACGAGAUGUAACAGGAAGCGGAGACAACUUUCUUAUCAUUGCUUAUUAUAAGCCAGAACGACUUUUUUGAAAAUCGUCAACCCGCCUUCCUCGACUAUAAUAUCGAUAAUUUCGCCACUCUUUACCUCUAAUUGCGUGCAGUUGAACGCCAUAGGCGAGUUAAUGACUCUUUAUUAAAUGCAUUCUGUAGUUAAGGUUAAUAUAUCCUAUUUUGCUAAGUCAAAUCUCAGAAUUUAGCCUGUUAAAUUUUCUUUGACUCCAUCACAAACUGUAAAAGCCAGACCGAAUACAACGGAAUCAAUUUGCAAGUGAGUCGUGACAUGGAACUUUUCACAAGUUCCUCAAACGCUAAAUUUAUAAUAGACUUAUGUCCAUCCUCGUAAAUUACACAUUUAAUUCAUUAUACUCAAUCUUUAAGUGCCCCUUUCAUGUCGCUCUGAGUAAAUAGGUUUCUUUCGUAUUUUAAUUUCGUGUUGCUUGUGUCUGUUUGUCCAGUGGCAAGUCUGACCUUUUGUUUCGCCAGAGCAUUUAAAGUUUUAAUCUCUGUUUGUUUAGAAUAGGCCAUUGAACAAAAUUUUGGCAACUCACUGCGCGGUGCGCAUUCACGAUCUCGGAAACAAACUAAGGAUCAAUAAGUUAUUUUAUUUCUGUAAACUACUUCUCAGUUUGUCGGUGGAAACGUUUCCUAUAUGCCCGGUAAGAUACACAUUAUAAACUCUGUAAGCCCACAUGCUUAGUUUAAAUAAUAGGCAACAGGUAGUUCGCAGUGCAAGAAAUACGCGGAACAUGAUCCAUGGAAUUGAUUUGACUUCUCUUAGAAAUAUUUAUUUACUUUUUCAUUUUACGUUAUAUAGGAUGUUUCAAAGAAAUAAAAAGACUUGCAUAUGAGAAGAUCGAUGUAUUGUUUGUUCCUUAUUCGGCACGAUAUUGUAUUUACCACAAAUUAUUCCAAUGUUUGCUAUUUUCGUUAUCUGUGGGUAUUCACUUCAGAAAUAAUGUACGAUCGAUUGUGGAAAGCAUUGUAGAAUCUUGUCGAACUUCAACCGAUUUCAAUCAAAAGGGGAUUGUGUGGUGUUUGCUGCGUUAUAUAGGAUUAUUGUUAAAUAUGAUCUAAAUACGAAGUUGGAAAUUGCUUAUGACUGUAAGUAGGUAGAAGUGUGGGUAGUUUUGUUUGCAUCCUGAGGAAGCAGUCGAGAAAAACUAUUUCAAACCAAAUGUCAUUAUGAGAUUUUUGAAUUCUGAAGUCCUGUUUUUGCUAGUUUAGACAACUUGAAACCGAGGGACCAAUUUUAUUAGCGUUUGUCAAUGUAAUUAGAAAGGAAAUUGCUUUUUGAUGUUUAACUGCUUUAAACGGUUUGCUCGUUUCGUUUGUUUAGCAACAAACUUGUUUGAAGUGUUUAGAAUACAAUUAAGUUUGAACAAGACCAGUGUGUAUAAUGAAGCUCUAAGCCUUGCAAAGAGCCGAAGUUUGUCUUAAAUUCAAUUUCAGCUCUGUAGUUCAAUUCUGUCGCGAAUUUAUGUGCGUCAGCUGAAUUUCUUUGUAGAAUAAAAGUGGCUUUUCCUCAUGCGUAACUUUCUUGUCGUUAUCAUAUAAAUUCCUGUUUAUCGAAUGAUGAAAAUACAGGUUUUCGAAUAACGAAAAUCUUUUGCUUUUAAACUAUACACGGGGAAUCUAAAUCGAACCAGUGAACUUUCUGGCUUGGGUUUACGUCUUAUUUCUUUGGUUUUUUCAGCUCUGUGAAUUUCUCUAAUUUCGAGAGUAAAAAUGAAAUGUUAACUUCUUUGUCUUCCUAAAAACUGUUUGCAUUAAUUCAAUAAUCUAACAUUUUGGGAAAUAUGGGACUGCACUGUCCGUAAGAGCAACAUUUCCCCUGAACUAAGCCUUCCCCUGUGUCUUCAAAGUAAUUCAGAAGUAUCUUUUGUAAUAAAGAGACCUUAAUCUAAUAUAAUAUAAGCAAUAUAAUAUCUUUGAUAUUGCUCCAAAAGAUCCCUUUCCCGGCCAAACGGUCCCUAUAGGUAAGCCGUACAUAUCCUCGUCUUGCAAGUUUCUGCGUUGAAAACGUGAAAAUCCACCGUAUUCUGAAAACCAUUCUCAAGCACACUGUUUAAAAUUUAUGGAUAAACCUUUUCUAAAGGAGAAGAAAUGAGGGAUAAGUGUUUGUUUCUUUCCAAUUAUUAAAGCUUAGCGCCAAAAUGGCUGAAGCUUUGUUGUAUGAAUUUUUCAUUUCCAGUCCUACAGAUUCGACAGUUCUUUGGUUAGAAAUAGAAGCAGCUUUAUUUUGGGUUGUAUAUAGUUUAUUUGAAAGGGAUUUUCUAUUUUAAAGGAAAGGAUAUUAUUAAUUUAUAAAACACAAAAAGGAUAAAGGUUCAGCUUUGCGGUGCCUAAAGACCCUGGUUUUCAUUUACGAGUCGCCGACUGGAUGGUGGCCUAAGUUGUCUGGGUCAACAUGCAGUUGAGAUGAGUAGUCAAUGUUCUUCCAAAAAGGCGUUGAAAUUUUGAUUAUGCUUGCACAGCUCGGUAGGCAAAGGAGCAGAGAUCGAGAAACAUAGUGAUUUUACGGUCAAAAACUGUCUAGAAGGUCAAUGAAAACAGAUGAAAUUGAAAAGCCAAAUCCAAACCCCGCUUUAUUUUCUUUGUUUUAUGAGGAAGUAAUCCAGAAUUUUAAAGUAAUGUCCGGAAGAAGGAUGAAUACUUUCCUGGACUCCGACUGUAAAUACAGGAAGACUCUGUUGUAGUGUUUUUUAACCUGGUUUGGUUUUCAAUAUCCGUUUCUAGCUUGAAGCAUCUUCUCUAGUCCCCAUACUAUUGAAUAAAAGGGUGCUACCAUAAUGUUUUCGAUAGAGUUGGUUGUAUUGAAAACUUUGCUCUAAAACUAAUGGCGGGGCUAUUUCACAGUAUUGUGGUGUAAGUUUCUCGCAGAGUUUCUUGACUGCUCCGUAAAGUCUUAAGUAUUUUAUGUGGAAUACGAGCAGUUUUUUAGCUGGCAGAAUGCUUACAUUUUUUAUGAUAGUCAUUCUCUUCCAAAAUAGUAAUUGAUUUUUUAUGUUUGCUUAUAAGUGUUUGAAAGCGCCCCAAAAAAUAGAAUGUUGAAGAAAGAACUUAUUGAAAAUUUCUUAAAUUCUAAUUUACCUCCUAAUUUUUGAAGAAAAGAAUUUUGAUUUUAAUAGGAAAUCUUUCAAGUUGGUUUUUCAAAUAUUAUAUAUUACAAUAAUCACCUUUAGUUGCAAACUCCUAAUUUACAAGGAGAUAUAGCUUGUUUUUCCUAAACUAAACAAUCUAUACUUUCAUUUGGCGAUUUCUCACCAUCUCGUGGCCUAAGUUGUUAUGUUUUCCCAUGGCCUUGCAAAUCCAAGUUAUAGUCAAUUUUAAAUAUAAAACUCUUCAGCAUCUAUUCACACUCCAUUCUACGUUCGCUCUUCGCACAAAAAUUAUGGUAAUUUGGCGCUGGUAAUUAAAAAUUCAAACCUUUCUGAACUUUAGAAUGUAAUAUUAUUUGGAGGAAGGUCGGUCUUUAUCACACCGUCAAAGACCUUGAAACAAUAAAAAACCGCAUUUGAUGACCUACUUUUGAAACAAUUAACCCACUAAGGCUGAGUUGUUUAUAAUUAAUACAAUUAAAAAUCUGCAAAUAAUUAUCCACUUUCAUUAAAGAUGAAUGAUUUCUUGGCUUGGUAUAUGUUUGUGAAUAUAGAUUUAUUGUAAUUUUUCUCAAAGAGUUCUGAUCUUUCAUUCACUGUAAUUCUCCAUGUUUUCAUUUUGCAGAUUAGCGGAGCCUAUUUGCCCGACUAACUGCGUCCUUAACAUUUGCAGACACUGCAGAUAUGGUGUUUCUGUUUAAUAUCUUGAAAAAUGGCUAAUGGCCCUGUCAACCCGAAGCUGCAUAAGGAUCUGCUCUUAGCUUGUGGCUGGGGCAAAGAAAUCGACGUUGUUUUGCUGCUUCAACAAGGUGCGAGUGUCAAAGUCCAAGAUCAGAAUGGCCGAAACUGCCUACAUUAUGCUGCAUCAAAAGGUCAUACCAAUAUUGUGGAAAUACUUUUGCUGAAAAAGUGCAACGCCAAUGCCAAAGAUAAGUAUGGAUCUACGCCUUUGCAUCAGGCCGCUGUGAAUGGCCAUACAGAGUGCGUAGCCACCUUGAUUGAAGGAGGCGCUGAUGUCAAUUUUCAAGAUGAAACUGGCAACACUCCUCUUCAUAUCGCAAUUCAAAACAGUCAUAUUGAUGCUGUCAAAACUCUUCUUGCCUUGGAAGCAGAUAUAAACAUCCAAAAUCAUGAUGGUGAUACACCUUUGCAUUUGUGUGCGGAACACGGAGACAAGAAAAUUGCAAAGUUGUUGCUUGAAAGUGGUCAGCCAUUUGAGCCCAGUCUCAAUAAUGUUGGUGACUCACCCAAAGACAUCGCGGUUCAGUUAGGAAACAAGGAGGUGGCUGACCUUAUACCGACCCCGAUGAUUUCAAGAAAACAGACUAAGAAAAGUGAAAUUCCUGGAUCGCCUAAGCGCCCGCCAAAACAACGAGUGUCGUCGGCGAAGGCGAAACAGGCUGUCAGCAAGGAGACUGGCAACUCAGAUUCGCUAGAAAGACCUGUUCAAGUUGUUGUGCAGCCUCCGUCGGUUGAUAACUUAGCUGCUACAGAUACAUGUUCAAGUUUGUCUAGUUUGUGGCUGCCAGUGCCUGACUCGGGAGGCCAUCUGCCUAUGGAUGUUUAUUGGCAGAAAAAUAUGUCGCCAAGUCCAGAAAGACGGGGAAAGAACUUUGAGAACAUAACUGACCUGAACGCGUUGAAGGAAAUAAAAAAGUCUGACCAUCACAGCCAAAGUGACGGAAGUACAGGUGGCGUUCGGUCCCCAAGAUACCAAAUUAGGAAAAAGAGGCGGAAGUACACAACAGGCCAUGCGAGUAGCAAGCACAAAGGCAAAGACGAUUUCGAAGAUGAUAAUUACAAAAAUGAGAAGGAAUCGCGGACGAUAAAAGACCCAAAAACGUCCAAGCUUUUCAAGAAGAAAAAACAAGCAUCAGCCAAAAUGGUGUCAUCGAAAAAGUUAAAAAGGGUGCUAGAGCAAGGGGAAGAUGAAAUAAGCCUGACUUCGCCAAAGAGUUUUGAAAAGUCAGAGACUGCUGACACCAUCCCAAGUCCACGCGUUAAGGGUCGAGCUGAGAUUAGAAUGGCUGCAGUUACGCAGCUGAAGGAGACUCCAAAAGGAAACGGAGCCAUACAAUUGGAUCAGCUGAGCUUGGAGGAACAGAUUCAAUACAAAAAAGGGUUGAGGGAAUUUCUGAAGGAUUCCCUUGCCUCUCGUAAAAGCCCAGCCAAUACGGAUGAAGGAUCAUCCUCAAAAACGGGAACUCUUGAGCAUAAAAAAGGGAAAGACAGCAGGCUAGGGCAUGCAGAACUAAAGGAGCACAUGAAAUUGACAGAAAAGGAUAUCGAUGCUUUAUUAAAGAAGGAGAUUUUAGGGACAGGGAAAGAAAGCAAAAAUCCAACGAAAAGAAGUAAAGAUCCUAAAAAGUCACAAAAGAAAAGCAAGAAAGCAGUAUAUGGGUCUGAAGAUGAUGACGACGAGGAUAUUGUUGUUAUCAGGCUAGAUCCGAAGCUAGAAAUGCCGAAGAAAUCGAAACGUUCUAAGGAAAGGAGGACUUUGGAAAACGGAGUUCGUACGAAAGAAGACGAUUCGUUUUUUAGAGAUGAGAAAGACAGGCACACAGAAAGCAGAACUUCUAAAGGAGAUACGUUAGAAAGAAAACAUGACAGAAGCUCUUCAAAAAAGGAAACUCCAGAGAAAAAAUUGGAUAAAUCCAAACGAGAGGAGAGCAAGGGCACUCUAAAGCGAGAAAAGAAGCAGGAAAAUAAAGAAUGGCCUAAAUUCGAAGUGCUUAUGGAUGAGACGUGUGGAAAAGAGGCUGGGCCAAGCGGAGCCACUUCGCCAAAACUGCGACCUGCCCAUCAUGAAACCGACAAAGGACACCGCACCCAUAGGAGGUCACGCAGCCCGGAUUUCCCUUCGAAAGAAGCAACUUUUGAGAAGAUCCAUAAAUUAGAGAAACGAUUUAAGCAUUUUCUACAAUUAACUACAGAAAAACUCGAUGAACAAAAGGAAAUAGAUAGUAAGCAUUAUAGCGAGCUGAAAAAUGAUAUUUCAAGCAUGGAAAGGAAUUUGGAAAGGACUACUCGAAAUAGCGCUCUUGAAAUGAUAGAAACGGUUACAAAGGAGCUUGAUUGCUCAAUGAAAAAAUGGACCAAAGCUUUACGUAGUAUUAAACGAGAAGGAAAAAGUUCUGAAUGGACUAGCGAUGCUUCGUCAGAUCUUGGUCGAAUUUCGCAAAAUAGAAAAUAUGUCGUCACGUCGGCUAUAGUAACAAGAUCUCCGCGAGAUUCCGAGGCAGACAAAUCUUCAACCCUUGAACGGCGCAAGGGUUUAAGCAACACUAAUAAAAAGGCCAAUGGCCACGUAAUAAUGGAGACUGCGGAGGAGGAAACACCCGCAACGGAGCAGAGUUUAUCUGAAUGUGCGAAGGAGGAAAAAAGUGUUGUGAGCAAAGAUGGCGACGCGGAAAGUAGUUUUGCAGGACACAAAGAAGGACGAGCUGCUCCGCAAGGACGUUCGGACGAGUCUUCUCCUAGCCUGCUAAGUAGGCAUCCAGGAGAUGGGGAUCAUAUGAGCCUCGAAAAGUGGUAUCAGGAACAGUUGAAAGAGGCUGAAGAAAGAUGGCGGCUAAAAGCAGAGUCAGAUCAGCAGGCGCUGCGAAAUCGAAUAAAAGAACUGGAAGAUGUCCUUUUCCAGUUUACUGGAACGCAUAACACGAUGGUGUAGGGUUACAAGAUCUAGGCACCCUGUGGUUAACCCGGUGGAAAGCUUUGAAACUGUUGGCUUUGGUUGGAAAGUGCUCCUAUUUUGUGAGGUUGUUUGUACCUGGUACAGUUUCAUUUUUCGAGAAACCUCUUCCGAAUCUGCGGACAGAAUUUGAAACGGUAAACAAACAGACAUGCGAGCAUUGGAGUUUUUAAACAUUGCAAGAAGUCCCUUCUAGCUUCUUCAUGCUCAAUGUCCAUGUUAGGUGGGUGAUGGACAAUAGUAGCAUUGAAUGCUUUUGUAUAUGAAAGGGCCAACCUCAGCAAUCCCAGGGUCAAAAUAUGACAGAAUUUGGCCGUCAGUUCCCUCUGCUUUAUUUACAAAGUACCCCAGCACCUUUCUGUUUAUAUUUAGUUUUCCAGACAUGAUGCUCCCUUGGGUUUUACUAGAUUUACAACAUCGUUUCAUUCAUAUGCAAAUCGCAGUUUAGGAAAAGUU